CAUGCCGGAGCUCGCGGUGACAUGGCACCAAGUGCUCGAUAUCCUGCAACACGCAUGGGACGAGACCGUCGCGACGCUGCGCAGCGUGCCUUUUGAUGCAAUCACGGGCGCGACGCACGACCGGCUCGUCGCGCUUCUGGAGGACGACCGGUACGACGCGAAUGCGGCCAUCGCCGAGGGCGGGCCUGCGUGGCGCGACGUCUGCAGCUACCUCGCCGACGUGGCCGCAGCGCUGCAGCAGGCGCACAUGACGGACGACACACGGACGCUCGCAACGACAAGCUUUUGCGUCUUUGUCGAUGGCAGCCGCACGGCGCGGCUGGCGUGCGACGUGGCGCUUCAACUGCGUCGGUCGGGGCGCCUCGAGAUCUGCCUCAUCGACGAGUUCCCGCCCGCGCCCUCCUACAGCGCAGAGUUCGUCCUCAACGAUUUCACUCUGUACUGCAAGCAAAACAGUGUGCCAAAGUCGAAGUUAAGCGUGCGGUCGCAGGCCGUGCGCCUCACGCAGCCCAAAGCGCUCCAGCUCAUCCAGCUCCAGGACAGCGCCGACUUUCUCGUCCUGGGUGCCAUUGGCGCCAAGGGGCCGCAGCCAUCCCAGGUCGGUGCCACCGCCAUGAGCGUCGUGCUGCAGAGCCCGACAUCCAUCAUCCUCGUCCCUCCGAUCGCCGAGGCGGUUCGCAUCCAGCAGGCACAUGUGUUUGUCGUCGCUGUCGACGUGCAUGCGGACGCUGCACGGCUCUGCUUCCACAGCGCGCUCAAGCUGCUCCAGCCACAGGACACGCUCCACGUCGUGCACGUCGCGCCACUUGUCGAGCCGCCCGGCACGACGACCGAGUUUCCCCUCGCGGCGCUGUACCGCGAGAAGCUGUUGGCAGCCCAUCUCCAAGGAGACGUCGUCACGCUGCCCGCCGAAAGAGGCUGGACGGUCGCCGAGCACCUGCAGGCGUACGUCGCCAGCCAGCGCGCAUCGUACCUUGUCUUUGGGCUGGGCGACCAGACCAAGGCGCGCACCAGCAUCGACAACUCGACGGUCGGGAACGUGGCCGCGCGCCUCCUCGCGUCGCCUCGCUGCACGCUCGUCAUCUGCAAGCAGUCGGCGCUCACGUAGCGUCGUAAUGAAAUAUC